GUCACUUCCUGUCCGGUCACUUCAACACAAACAAGAUGGCGGCGCCAGGCGGAGAGAAGGAGGAUGUUCGCGGGAAAACGAGCCCUGAAGCCGGGAAACUGGAGUUCUCCCUGGACGUCCCUUUCCCGACGGCUCGAGAGGCCGAGGUCGCUCUCCGCUCUCUGUCCCCGGACCGAGAGCCGAGGAAGGGGGGCAUCAGUAAACGCCUCUCUGUGUCCGGCAGCACGUUGUCAGUGAGGUGGAGCGCAGACGAAGCUCGAGUCCUCCGAGUGUCUGUCAACUCGUUUCUGGAUCAUCUGUCACUCGUUGUCGAGACCAUGCAGAUGUUUGGCCCCCCCGUUUCCCAGUGAAGCUUCUCUAUGGAUUCACGACUACGAGUCUUCGAUCUUGGACUUUUUCCACAGGACACGGGUGCUCCACCUGGAACAGGUUCAAACUGGAGUUUUAUAAAAGACGUUUGAGUAACUGGCAGCUUCUGGUUUGUUUUAAACUGGAAGAUCUGAAUGUUUCCUUGGAACUGGACCUCGGGGGCCGGUGGUGUGACUGGGGUCGAGUGUCUUUUGUAAAGAUCAGCUCCAGACACGUUUUAAACAUGGAGAUUACUUUUGUGUCAUUUUUGUUUCUCCAAGAACAUUUGAUAAAAAGUGUUAAAACUGCA